AACCAACCGAAUAUUAUGGAAGAAAAUAGUUCGACCAAAACAGAUGUAGUGAAAGGCUGCAAAUGUGGCAAAAGCAAGUGUCUUAAAAUGUACUGCGACUGUUUCAACUCGGGCGUGUAUUGUGGUCGUCAUUGUAUUUGUGUUGGAUGUUAUAAUAACGAACAACAUCAAGUGGAGAGAGAAGCUGCAAUAAAGUCGGUAUUAGAGAAGAAUCCGGACGCAUUUCAACCCAAGGUUGCCACUUUUAGAGACUCGGGAGGGCUGAUUGUGAAGCAUAACAAAGGUUGCAAUUGUCGGAAGACAGCUUGCCUUAAGAAAUAUUGUGAGUGCUUUCAGAGUGGGGUGCUUUGUUCAGAACUAUGUAAGUGUUCGGGGUGUAAGAAUUUUGAAGGUUCUUUGGAGUUGCACAACGUUCGAGUAAGUGGAACAAGUUCUUCACAGGAGGGUCCCUUCAAGGGACAAACUACGUUUGCUUCUUCAAGUGCAAGUCAUCCUAAUAUUGCAGAUAAAAAGGAACUGCUGGAAUCCCACAAAACGUUGUCACAGAAUAGUUUGGAUACUGUAGAAGACAGAGAAUGUGAUCCCAGUCCAUCCACUGGAUUAGACCACUCGCACGGUGUAAACACAAUGACUAUUCAACCUGUUAAUUUUUCUGUUCAACAGCCUCUAUAUUUUCGAAAGUCUUUGGAUCAACCCAAGAAAAAGUUGAGUCCAUGGUUGGGUAUUCUAUCGUUGUCCGAGUUGCGAGUGGAUGCUGCUUCACUUGUUUCGUUGGCCAAAGAUAAAAAGAAGCAAAUGGGUACAAAUAGUCAGAAAGAUAAAGCGGACAGAAGAAGAAGAAGAAGAAGAAGAAGCUUUGUUGUUGUGUGAGGAAAGUGAAAUUACACAAAAUGUUUCAAAAACAAAUAGAGAGCUGGAUCAUUGCGUAAUGAACUUGCUUUUAGAAGAAUGUGCUGCAAUACUACAACAGUAUAGAAAACAAUGGAUGGACAGGCAAAAAGAAACGUGGACUCAUUCAU